UAUUAGUUGUCUUGUUUACGGCUCUCAAGAGACAGAGGAAGAAAGAACCCUUGAUCAUCUCAAAGGAUGAUGUUCGGGACAACAUUGUGACCUACAAUGAUGAAGGAGGUGGGGAAGAAGACACACAGGCUUUUGACAUUGGCACACUGAGAAAUCCAGAAGCAAGGGAGGAAAGUAAGAUGAGAAGAGAUGUUAUCCCAGAAACUAUAUUUCAGAUAAGACGGACUGCACCUCUUUGGGAAAACAUUGAUGUCCAAGAUUUUAUUCACAGAAGAUUAAAGGAAAAUGAUUUAGACCCAGCUGCCCCUCCUUAUGACUCACUAGCAACAUAUGCCUAUGAAGGAAAUGAUUCCAUAGCAAAUUCACUCAGCUCCCUGGAAUCGCUUACCAUGGAGGACAACCAAGACUAUGAUUACCUCAGUGACUGGGGACCUCGGUUUAAAAAACUAGCAGAUAUGUAUGGUGGAGAGGACAGUGAUCGAGACUGAGAAAGUAAUCUGUGACCUGGUCAGUGUUAGUGGAAUUCAUGUCUAUGUUACUAGAUAAAGUGGCCUACUCUCUCUUACUUGGGAAUAAAAAACUUACAAAAAAUAGGUGUUGUCUUAGUAAGGGUUAGCUUAAUCAAUAAGUCAACGUGAAUGAAUAUGAAUGAUUUAGAUUUUAAAAAAUCUAUAAUUCACCCUCUCUGCCUAGAAACCUCUGAUGAAAGGUUUUCAUUGACAAUGUAAAGACAAUAAAAGGCUUUUUGUGCCUUUAAUAAUGAGAUGGAAACAAUUUUUUUUAAUUGCUUUGCAUUACCUUUCCUACUAGCUGGGACAGUGUGCACCCGCAUUGUAACAUAAUCUUAAAAAUAUACUUUAAAAAAGGUUAAUAUUACUGCCAUAUUUAUUGAGUUAAAGAA